AUGGGCGACGAGUUCGAAAUGCUUUCCUGUGUCAACGAACUCAGCAGGCUCAUCCUGGAGCCCAUCGUUCUCAACCCCCUCCCCGCGGAGGCUAAGUUCAAGUUGAAUAACCAGAGACUAUUAACAAACAGGGGAAACCUGCAAAAGUUCCGAGUCAACAGCCGCCACCACAGCCGGGAACUCGCCGCAGCCGUACUCUCAUUGGAGCGCAUCUACAUACAAAUGUCCGUGUCGGAGAACUUGCACACAGCGUGUGAUUGCAGCGUUCCGCUUGCGAAUACUUCCCCAGAUUCCGCCUGGCCCGGCACGCCAAGCCGCCUUAGCGGGAGACGCCCGUCCCGGCGACCCGGUUUAGCCGUUGUUAACCCUGCCAGAUGUCGCCCACUUGAGCUUGCCAAGCAACGGAGCGCCCGAGCGUGUUCCGCCUUCUCGCUCUCGCUGGCUCUGCUGUGGUGCAACCUCGGGCAACCUAAAGGGCCGCUUUUCUGCGACUGGCAUGGACCUGCACCAGUGGAAACGCGCCCACACCGAGGAGGCUCUUGCCUUGUGGAUACCGUUCCGUUGCCCGAACUAAUACACCCCUUCCCCCCUUUCAAGAAAGAGCGGAGGCCGGCGUUCAACUUGCCGCAAGUACGGACCAUCUGGCAGGAUGCUAAUGUAAUGGCUGAGCAUCGGUAG